AUGUGCUUUGGACGAGUGCCGCGAGCUGGAAGUUGCCAGACCGGCGUGAACACCGACGACAGCUGUCGAAAGGAAGACGAGGGGAUCGUGGUGCAGUGGUGGUGGUGGUCCCGGAGAUCCUAUCCCGCGGGAAUGGGGAUGCUCUUGCCCGACGAGACUUACGAGGAACGUUCCUCGUCCUCGAGACGAAGUUCCUGCCCCAACGUCCUCGCGGACAUCGACGAGGUGGAGGCUGCUAAGGCUUUGGCUGCGUUUAGAAAGUGCGACGAGUUCCUCAAGAGGCACGGGAUCAGGCCGGAGUUCUUCUGCAGGCACAGGGAACGGCUGGCGCUGCAGACUUGGCUGUUGCAGAGGUCUAAACUGUCAUCCGAUGCCUCGUCCUCGAACGAAGCCGUGCACCUCCAGCAGCGUCUCAGAAGCUUGAGCACGGAACUGGUGACCCUGAGGAACCGGCUGCACGUGAACCAGCCGCCGAACAAUUCAGGGCCGAACGGCGGUGCGUCGGCGCCCCUGUCGAAGAGCCCGGAAAAAGGCGGCGUGCCAUCGUCGCCCGCGCCCGCAGUGCCGCCGAGGACCACGCUUCCGCUUUCCGGCACGCUGCCCCACGGCCUCGGUCAUCCUUCGGGGCACACGUUGACGGCGUCCGCGAUCGUUCAUCCACACGUCAAUCACGCCGGCGCGAACACGCUCGGCCACAACUCCACCGCGGCUAAUAAUUUAAUAUCCGACUUGGAUCCACCGAAGCGGCACAAUGGCAUCCCGGACGACGGCAUAGUGUCGUGCGUGACAGCGUUGGGCUGUCUACGCUCGCCACCGAUCUCGAGCAUUAUAGCCGACGUGAAAAACGCGAAGAGCAAUCAGGGUCAGCACCGAUGUCUACCGAAAGGUACCACGGCUUCGGGCCCCGCGACCUCCACGGCCUUGGACGACCUCAUUCAUCUGCCUGGACCUCUGACGGAAGACGCGGUGCUCAAGUGUCUGCAGGCUCGGUUCUGCGCCAAACAGUACCACACGAACGUGGGCCCCAUACUGGUCUGUAUCAAUCCAUAUACGGACGUCGGGAAUCCAUUGACCUUAACGAGCACCAGGGCCGUACCUUUGGCGCCCCAGCUGAACAAAGUCGUUCAGGAGGCCGUGCGACAGCAGUCGGAAACUGGAUACCCUCAGGCCAUCAUUCUUUCCGGAACCAGUGGUUCCGGCAAGACGUACGCCUCCAUGUUGUUACUUAGGCAGCUGUUCGACGUGGCUGGAGGUGGUCCAGAAACGGAUGCCUUCAAGCAUUUGGCGGCGGCCUUCACGGUUCUUAGGUCUCUCGGAUCUGCAAAGACCGCCACCAACUCGGAGAGUUCUAGGAUAGGUCACUUUAUCGAGGUCCAGGUUACAGACGGUGCCUUGUACAGAACGAAGAUACACUGCUAUUUCCUGGACCAAACGCGAGUCAUCAGGCCUCUGCCCGAUGAGAAGAAUUACCACAUAUUUUACCAAAUGUUGGCCGGCUUGUCGCACGAGGAACGAGUUAAACUCAAUUUGGAGGGGUACAACCUGAAGAACCUCAGGUACCUGCAGCACGGCGACACUAGGCAAGACGAGGCUGAGGAUGCCAUCAGGUUUCAAGCGUGGAAAGCCUGUUUGGGUGUGCUAGGUAUACCCUUUCUAGACGUAGUCCGAGUCCUGGCGGCGGUGUUGAUCCUCGGGAACGUUGGUUUCACGGAUGGUCCAGGAGUGGAGGUUGGCGUCAUCGGCGAGAACGAGUUAGCCUCUGUCGCGGCCCUCCUAGGAGUGCCACCCCCGGCGUUGCUGAGAGGACUCACCUCGAGGACGCACAAUGCCCGUGGCCAGCUGGUGAAGUCGGUCUGCGACGCGAAUAUGUCUAACAUGACCAGGGACUCGUUGGCCAAAGCUCUGUACUGCCGGACCGUAGCUACGAUCGUCAGGAGGGCCAAUAGCCUGAAGAGACUAGGCUCCACCCUCGGCACCUUGUCGUCGGACUCGAACGAGUCCGUUCAUAAUCAGGCCGAGGUGACCAGUCAACACGCGUCUACUAUUGGCAGCUCUGCAGGUGGUACCGGUUCUAGAAGCAUGACCGCGCUGAACAACGCGGUACGACACGCGACGGACGGGUUCAUCGGGAUCCUGGACAUGUUUGGGUUCGAGGAUCCGAAACCGAGUCAGCUGGAGCACCUGUGCAUCAAUCUGUGCGCGGAGACGAUGCAACACUUUUACAACACGCACAUAUUCAAGAGCUCGAUCGAGAGCUGCCGCGACGAGGGCAUCCGAUGCGACGUGGAGGUCGACUACGUCGACAACGUGCCAUGUAUCGAUCUCAUCUCCUCUCUGAGAACCGGUCUGUUGAGUAUGCUAGACGUCGAAUGCUCGAUACGUGGCACCGCCGAGAGCUACGUGGCGAAAGUGAAGGUUCAGCACAAGCAGAAUCCACGGUUGUUCGAACCGAGGACCGUGGAUUGCAGAUCCUUUGGGAUUCAGCACUUUGCCGGCAGAGUAACCUACGAUGCUUCCGACUUCUUGGAUACCAACAAGGACGUGGUGCCUGACGACCUGGUAGCCGUGUUCUACAAGCACACGUGCAGCUUUGGUUUCGCGACUCACCUGUUUGGCAGCGAGCUGAAAGCUCUCUACGCGAGCGACACGGUGCCCAGGGGUGUCAGCUUCAGGAUAUCGCCCACCUCUCACACCGACCUGCUGAACGGGGACGAGCCGAUCUCCACGUUAACGCAGGACUUCCAUACGAGGCUGGAUAAUCUCCUGAGAACUCUGGUCCACGCGAGGCCCCACUUUGUCAGGUGCAUUAGGAGCAACGGCACCGAGACGCCGCUUCACUUAGACAGAGGCGUGACUAUGCGUCAGAUACGAUCCCUUCAGGUUCUCGAGACGGUGAACCUAAUGGCCGGCGGGUAUCCGCAUCGGAUGCGUUUCAAGGCGUUCAACGCGAGGUACAGGCUGAUCGCGCCGUUCAAGCAACUGCGUCGUGCCGAGGAGCAAGCGGUGGAGGACACCAAACUCAUCCUGCAGAACGCGCAGCAACUCAAGAGCAAAUUCGGCGCGAGCACCAGCUGGGCGCUAGGCAAGAGGCACAUAUUCCUCAGCGAGGGCAUUAGGCAGCAGCUCGAGAACCUACGCUCGGAAACGCGCAGGAAAGCUGCCACCGUGAUACAGGCCACGUGGAGAGGGUGGCGAGUGAGGAGAAGGUGGCCCCUCAGGAAGACCACCAUAGGCGUUACGUCCGGUAUCGGUCAAAAGAAGCCGCAGCAACCCACCUCUGCGAAUACCGGAACCGUUCAAAGGAACGUCACCACCAGCGCGGGUACCGGAACCGGAACACGACCCAGGCCUCAGCCAAUCGCUGGCACGCCACCGCCCGAUCCAUCGGAGAAGUGUGCAGAUCAGAAGAUGAUCCAGCAAACGUGUACCCUAUUCGGGCUGGAUUUGGAACGACCGCCACCGGUUCCGCCCAGCAGAUCGUACACCGUGACUGGAAACACAAAGUUGGGCUAUCCACAGACGAGGAUCAUGAAGAUGCCCUUCCCAGAAGAGGGUGAAGGGGAGGUGGUCCUCCUGAAGGGUGAGACAGUUCUGGUGGUGGGUGCGUCUCCCAGGCGAGGUCACCUACUGGUGGAACACAACAACACCACGCUACACGUGCCCUAUCAGUUCAUGGAGCUGAAGCCCUGUAAUAUUAACAUCUGA